AGAGAGAGAGAGAGAGUGAGUGACUGAGAGAGAGAGAGAGAGAGAGAGAGAGGGGGAGGGAGAGUAAGCGAACGAGCGAGAGAGAGAGAGAGAGAGAGAGAGAAAACUUUUCAGUGGGUUUUAAAGAGCGAGAGGAAGCGUGCGCUGGAGCAGCGACCAUGCAGGAGGAGUCAGGAGAGAAUGUGCAAGGACAGAGCAACGUGUUGGUCUGGCCAUGUCCCUUGUGUCAACAGGGACAGACAGACAGAGAUUCUCUUGCUCAGCACCUAACAGAUAAACACAGUGUCCUGCCUGCAUGUCUGGACAGAUUGCUUGACACUGCCACACCAGUGCAAAAAUUGAGUGGAUCAGAGGAAACUGACAGUCAAAGCAACACUGAUAUUCUGUCCAGGCAGCUCAUGCCUUCUGAGAGCAAUGGAGCGCAGUUGGACGCAGACGCAAACACGGCUGGACCCAAGCAAGGCGCUGUGAGCACACGGCAGCUGAGGGGCACCCGGGCCAAAGCCACACCCCAACCAGAAACGGAAGCUAAAAGUGAGGAAGAGGGAGAGCAGGAGGGAGCAAGGAACAAGGUGGAAGCGGUUCAAGAAAAAUCCCCGCACUCAGAAUCAAUGAAAACCAGAAAGGGUGCUCUGAAAAAGGACAGCUCUCCUGAUGUGGGUAAUGCUGCAAACAGCACCAACACCAGCAAAGCUACCAGUGACCCAGUGCUGGAAAAGUUUCUCGACCCAAACCGGCCCUAUAAAUGCAAUGCCUGCUUGGAGUCGUUUCCGUCUAAAAGUGCCCUGGGGGUGCAUUACAGCUCCACCUCCCACUUGCAGCGGAUGAGAAUGGGGUCAGUAAAACAGGGUGAAGAGAGUGAUGCCGCCUCCUCUUCGGGCAGCUCCGUGGCCUCCCAGCCAACUUUGCCCCGGCCCUUCAUCUCUAGCAAACCCUACCAGUGUGCCGUGUGCCGCGUUUCCUACAACCACGCUUUCACCUUAGAGAGUCACAUGAAGUCUGUUCUGCACCAGACGCGCAGCAGAAAUGCUGUAAACACUAUUUCUGGGAAUUCUGAUAAGAAAGUUUCUGUGCAUUCUGGGAGUAUUACCACAACGACAAGUACAGCUAAUACUGCUAACCCAGCUGCAGGGUCUGUGGUUAAUGCUUCGCAGUCUGGAAGUGCCAGCACUGACGCUAAUGGUAUCCAGGGAAGUCUGAAUUCAUCGUCAGGGGCAACCAAAGAUACAGAACAAAGUCAGCCCCAGACUGUGCCCUCGACCUGCCCUCCUUCAGCUCCAGCCCUUUCUCUGCUCUCGUCUCCUGUGGCCUCGGCACAGGCCGUUUCAGCCUUCCUCACUCUGCUCACCUCCAGUCCGCACUCUGUGGCUCCCUCUCUCUUUGCUGCCAGCCCUAGCGCGGCUCCCGGUGUGCCCACCCCUCAGCUGGAACUGAUAGCCCAGCAACAGCUGCUUCUGCCCCUAUUCCUGAAUGGACUGCAGACCCAAAACCAGAGUUCAAGCAUUGAGGCUCCCAAUGCAGUGUUGACCCAGUCAGUCCCCCUGUUGGGCCUCAGUGCUGCACAGCAAGCUCUCCUGGCCCAAAGACUCGGCUCCAUACAGAACCAGAGUACUGGGUUGUUACCUGGACUUUCUACUUGUCUGCAAGGCAGCACAGGGCAGAAUGAGCGAGAAGAGCCCAGAGAUGUAGAAGAAAAGCUUAAUAAAGACACUGAAGAGGGAGGGGAGAAUGGAAAAGGCAAAGUUGAGGAGAAAGAAGAGAAAGCUUCAGUGAAUCCCAAAUUUGAAGCGGACAGUGAGGUGUUGGAGAAGAUUACUCUAAAGAAUGUAGAGAAUGAGGGGGAAAAUACGGGGAAGCGUUUUUCAAAGCCUGAUGGCACCUCAAAAAGUGAACAAAACGAGGAGGGUGAUUUUAAUGUAGAGCACACCGAUAAAGACACAACUGUGGGAAGUGACAUCACAGAGCAGUUAGAAAUCAAAGAGGGUGCAUUUAAUAAGACUGAAGAAAUACAAAAUGACUCCGAACCAUUUCAUGAUGCUGUGCAUCAGACAAAAAGUAGCGACUCCCCAGGAAUUUAUAUCACAACAAUCCCCCCUUGUAAUGAUGACAACGUAGACCCCUGUUGCCCUCAUAAAAGCCCAAGUCCUAACUUGGACAAGCUCUUAAACUGUAUCAGCGCUGACCUAAAACGUAGUAGUCACAUACCAUUAAAUGUAGUUCAACCAUUAACUGCUUCUCAUAUUUCAAAUUUGAAAAGUCCCAACUCCAAAGUAGUGCCCCCGAUCUUGUCUGAGUUUCAGUCCCAGGUGCUGUGGGCGUUUCUGGAGUCGCGUAGCGAGACGGACGCAGCCAGUCCGCUACGGGAAGACUGUGAAGCUUUGGGGAAGGAGGUGGGCCUUGAUGAAGAGGCUGUGCGCAGGUGGCUGAGAGAGGCCCGGCGUACCAGAGACAGGCAAAAAAAUAACUUGGGCAAAGCACAGUUUGAAGAGCUAAACAAGGCCCUAGAUCAAGAGGAGGAGGUCGAGGAAGAAGGGGUUCUUACUAUAGUUGAGACAGAAGAAGGUGAGAGUCCAACAACAAGUAGCCAUGCUAUAGAUUUAUCGCACGGUGGUGGAAGAGGCAGAGGCAAGGAGCAAGGGAGGGAGAGCCCCGGAGAGUCCUGCCUGACUUCUGACUCUGACAACGAUGGACUCUAUACCUCUUUCAUUGUGACUGAUGAGGAGAGUCAAAACAGCUCAGUUAGGGAAGAAUUAGGCAGUCCGGCAAGAGAGGAAGCACAGAGAGAUGAGAAGGAAGCAAGAGGAGGAGGAAAAGUACUUCGGUCUUCCACAGUGUUCCUGUCCGAUGCAGAGGACACUGAAGAGGAUGAGGAUGGUACAAACCAGAAAGUAAAGAAGAGGAAGAGGAGGAGGGAGCCUGAGGAAAUGGAGGUUAAGGCUGUCAGACUAGAUCCUGAUGUAGAUUUGGAGCUAGAAGCUCAAGCUGAUCCCCCACCUCUGUCUGUCUCCCUUGAGCAGCAGACCUUUGCCAGCAUUGCCAGUGGCAGCAACCUGCAAGCUCUCCAUCUUUCUCAUUCUCUAACACCUUUUGCCACCCAAUUUCUCAACCCAUAUGUGCUCUCUCUCCCACCCUCGGCAGUCGGGUUGGGGAUAGUCGAAGGUGAUGGAGAUCGGGAGAGAGGACGGGGCCCUACCUUCACACAUCCCCCUACCAUUACCCGGUGCUCUGCCCCUUUCCUCGACUCACUGAAAGCCCCUCCUCCGGCCUCCCACAUGUCACCAGCCCGUUCCAUUUCCAACGGAGGCAUCUGCGAAUCUGCUCUGGAUCUCAGCAUUGGGAAGAAACCCAGCUCCACAACCGCCUGUUCCUCAUCUUCUGCAGGUAGCAAGGCGGUGCACCUCCAGAGAGACCACGUACUCGAUGGCCUUGGUCUGGCCCCCGCAGCACCAGGAGCGGGUGGGCUCAUUGUGGUUCGUGUUAAACCAGAUUCAGCUGUAGCUAUUCCAACCACCAACAGCAGUGUCAAUAGCAAUAAUUCCAGGACUAGCACAGUGUAUAUUAGAGCAGCAGAGCGAGUGAAUGCCUCUAUGAUAGAGAAAGAAAGAGGGAAGCAACAAGAUAGAGAGACAGAAAUUGAGAAACAGCAGAAACAUCCCAAGGGUAGACGGUUCAGGGACAUGAGGCGAUCUAGGACCAUCAUUCAGACGGAGCAGUUAGAUGUUCUCUAUGGCUGCUAUUUUAAAGACCCUAACCCUGGGAAGCAUGAGUUUGAGCGCAUUUCAGAGUGGGUCCAUCUCCCAAAGAAAGUGGUCCAGAUAUGGUUCCAGAACAUGAGAGCACGUGAACGCAAAGGGGAAGUUCGAUUCAUCAGUGAUGGCACCUUGGCUGCAGUGGGCAAACCACUCAUUAAGUUCACCUGGCCCCUCACCCUGCCCAUUUUCUCUAGCAGCCCCACCCCAAAUAUCAGCGGCCUCAGUAGUUCUGGAAUUACAAAAGUUUCUACUGGAGCUGGUCCUGUGACUGCACCACAAAACACACGGGCAGAGAAAGAGAAAGGGAAGGAGAAAGAAGAGAGUAAUCCAAAGGAGCCGGUUGCUUCCCCUACUGUCCCUCAGCCGGUUGUGCCGAAGGUGCCGAAACCCAAGGCAGAGGCACAGAAUCAAGUAGCUGUGGCUAAACCCGCUAGCAAAGCGGUGGCUGCUGCCCCUGCCAUCCCUAUUGUGGUCAUGAAGACUCGUUCUUCUCCUUCAUCCAAUUCUUCCCAAAAGCGCAAGCGAAGCAAAGAGGAUGAAGGGGAAGAAGGAAAGACUGACGAGGAGGAAGAUGAUCAAAGAAAAGAGAAAAUGGGUCCUGGGUCCUCCAACCGCAUGGUACCGAAAAUACCAUCUGCACUCGCCAUCAAACCGCCUCCUUCAGAAUCUCACAAGCAAAAUGGUUUGAACGACUGGUCCUCAAAGAGUCCCUUCAAGGUCAACGCCUUGUCCAGAGAGCAACUGCCAUUGUCAUCGGGCCGCACAUCUGUCACGACGACUGCAGCCACCUCCACUCCCACUAAUGCAAGCACCACCGCCAAGUCCAGUCCUGGGGAAGGAUCUUACGUGCUUCAUUCUACUCCUCGACGGCCACGGACCCACCUGACAUCCCUGCAGGUGUCAAUAAUGCAGUCGUGUUAUGAGACUUGCCCUCAUCCAAAUGCGCUGGAGUGCGAGACUGUGGGGACAGAGCUGGGGCUGCCCCUGAAGGUAGUGCAGAUCUGGUUCCAGAACACCCGUGCCAAGGAGAAGCGCUGGAGGUUGCAGCUGCAGAAGCAGUCUCCCAAUACAGAAUCGUCCAAGAAAGUAGACACCAGCUCGGGCAGCUUCCUGCUCUACAAUGCACUCCGAGCCAACCGUCCCAUCCUUCCAAAACCAGUUCAACUGACAGUGUUGGAACCAUCGGCUCCCCCUGGCCUGGGUCAGCCAGCAGGUCGUGAAACACUGAGGGGGCGCUGUGACGCAUGCGCAGUGGAGUUUGAGUCCAGGGCAGCAGGGAGAACCCACGUCUUCUCCCCUCGGCACCUAGCCACACUGAGAUCCACUAACUUUGGUCAGCCUCCUUCACUCGUAAACAAGGGUUCUGGUACUGGGUCCAGUUUGGUUUCUGGAGUGGCUGUGCAGUCUUCCCCAAAUCCAGCCAGCACCACAAGCUAGACAUGAUGCUGGCACUGAAACUGGGCCCAUUGAGCCCUUUGCUUUUAAUGGACACAAAUGGUUCUGGGUCCUGGUCUUUAAGUAACUUAGAAUUUCUGAGCAAAGCCCUAACCCCCCUUGAUACCUUUUAUUUUUCAUUGGACAUCAGGUGGACUUUAUCUGCAGAGCUGUCUAGUUUUGGUACAAAACAGGACCCAUUUUAAUAGACUAACUACAGACUGCUUCACUAACAGUAAUAAUCUACAGACUGAAAUGCUGGAACAGGUUCUCUGUCCUGGUUAUGUGAUGGUUGAUCUUUUGUGUUUUUAAUCAGCAGGCAGUUAGUUCACGAUAAUCUGUCUUCAUUUUAACCCCUUUCCUGCUUUUCACACUUAACAAUCCCUUCAGCAUCAUGAAAAGGUUCUCGAAUCGAACCAGCUCCUUCACUGCUACUCAGACAUGGAUGGCAAGAGAUUUCAUUGCCCAGCCUACAUAUGUAUUGGGUUAAAUCCUGGUGAACUGGUUCAGGACAAUCUUUGAAUAGAGAAUGCUGGUUAUUUGGCUCCUGUGGGACAGAAGGAGACCCAGAUUUUUGGUUUUUGGAUUCACCAAAUACUUUGAUGGAUUGGACCUGCUGGUGCUAGAGCAAUUUGUGGAUUUGAUUGUGUUGAAUUUGACCUUUUGUACACAAGAAACCUACCUAGUUAGAGAGGCUAUGCAGUGUACAAUGUGAACGCUCAUGAGUCAUCAGGCAUCAUUUGGCACUGAACACAGAACGUGUGAAGACUCAAACUGGGCUUUCAAAGGACCACGUAGGUGGUCUACAACUGGGCCUAUAACCAAAAUGUUGUAAUCUUUCUCUUUUGCACACUCAUUCUGUCCAAAAGACAAUCCUGGAGAGAGAAGGGAAGUGGAAAUGAAAGUCAGGGGGUCAGACUCUCAUUACACAGCACUUGAUCCAUUUUACAAAACAUAAACAAUUUUUGUAUACAAAAUAAAAUAUAGCUCUACACUUGACACAAUAGGUGCUGGAUAUAAAUAUAUAUGUUCUGUGAUUGUGAGUCAAAAUAAAUCUAUUGAAUAGUUGCUGUUGUUCCUGCUUUUAGCACUUUGUGUACAAGGGCCUACAUUGCAGAUCGUAAAGCAUAGACUAGACAUUUGUGCUGUGCAGUGGGAGUCUGUUGUUGUUGUUUUUUAUGUUAAGAUCAUCUGUGACAAAAGAUUUACAAAACAAAUGCUGAUGACCAGGGUUUUUUUUAAGAAAUAAUUAUCAGUGGACUUUAAGUAAUGAAAUUACUUUUAAUAACUUGUAUUGACCUUAUUCAAAAACAAAAAUCGGCCACCUAGUGAUCAGAAUCCAAAUCUGAAGGCUUUUUUUUUUUUUAACGUAAUAAUGUAUAAUUCAGAAACACUUGAUGUUAAAUCAGUCAUUGAGUUUGUUUUGUGUUAGUCUACACCACAGUACUUCUUAACCUCAUAUCCCUCCACCCUGUCUACAGUUCCUAACGAAAGUCUGCAAAAGCUAACGGAAAUAAUAGAUGCCCAUCAUAUCUUGAGGUCCAUUGCAAUGAAUUCUGUAUGAUAUACCUGUGAAGGGUAGACAUUUUAUUCUGUAAUUUUAAUUUGUGGAAAGCUGAUGAUGCACUGGGCUGUGAUCAUAGUACAGGUCAGGAAUGGAGUGUACUGACAUAUACCAGGGUUAAUCGAUGUUCAGUGAAGGGAGGUGUAGACAGAUGUAAUUCAAAGAAAUACUAAAGAUAUUCUUUUUUCUUUUGCUUUAAAGAUGUAUAUUAUUGUUAUUAAUGUUGUUACUAUUAAACUCAAACCUAAAAUAAAGGUUAAAUAUAUUAAGAGAAGUGUUAUUCCAAAGUUGUUUCUAAAUUGCUUUUUGUCAGUAAACAAAAAAAACCAAAAAACAAUAUUUAGGGUAAGGAAAGGGUGAGAUGACUGGUGAGAUCAUGUUUUAAUCCUCAGUGUAAAGAAACAUGCACUGUUUGACAGUGCCAGAUAGCCCAGGAUUUAUGCAUGAGCUACAGAUGAGUGCAUUACCAAGACAUCAAAAUGAAAUAACUGAAUAUUGAGUUCUCGCAGUGUUCCAGAGCGUUUAGCAAGUUGUAACCGAAUUAAUUUCAAUUAAUUGAAUUUGUUUUAGUGGUGCAGUUACCUUUUUUUUUGUCUCUCAUGGUGUAUCAGGAUGGUAGCUCAUGUAUACAAAGCCAGGACUAUGUUAAGCAAAUUUUUAUCUUAACGUGUUGUACUGUCUAAGGAAGACACAAGUAAUGAAGGUUUUUUUUUCCCAUGUGUAACCAUUUUCAAUUUCACUUUAUCACUCAUAACUGUACUAGUUCCUAUUAUCAUUGUUAUCAUCACUGCCAUGAUUAUUAUUGCUUUGUACCCAUUUUAAUGGCAUUUGUAUGAAUAUCAACAAUAAUGUGACAGUGUUGAUAAUAUUAUAUGAAUCAAUAGUUUAUUGAUUAAGCUUCUUUUGUCCACACUUGUAACUUUAUUUUGUGUUUGAUUUCAAUUCUGUUUUCUUUGCUUUCCAGAGAAAAAGUAUAAAUAAAACCUGUUGAACUUUUUUUUGGAGAAAACCUCAAUCUGCUUUAUUUACCCUCUUAUAUAUGUCUAGUAUUGUAUUGAUGUUUUCAUCAAUUUGAAUUUAAGUGACUUGUUUCCCACAGCUGUUUUUUUUUUCCUCUUUGUGUUAACUUGCACAUCAUCUAUGUACUAAUUUUCUUGUUUGUUUCUUUACAAAUGUGGUUGGCAACCUGUGAUGCAGUACUGGGAAAUACUGAGUCGGAUGCUUCUGUAGCUCUCAUCCACUUCAGGGGGCCUGGAGAGUACUCUGCAUGCUGAUGUGUGUGCUGAUACAGCAAGCCUAUAGUCUAAUGAACAGCUUUAAAACAACUGCAUUCUACAAAUGCCCUUGUUAUGUGAAUCAGUUGAUGUAAUGUCACACAUAAUUGCUGAAUUAAGGAAUUUCAAGCAAUAUCGGUUUAUUUAAAUGCUACUUUGUUUUUCACAGUUUUCUGUACUGUCAAGCUGUUAUAUCUCACAAAAUUUAUUAUUUUAAAGUGUAUUUGGUCUUACAUGUGGAGAAACCUGUUAAAGGACAUUUUUUAAUCGCAAGAAGGGUAUUGCAUAAUGUAGAUCCACAUGCUGCAAUAAAAUGUAUUUGAUAUCUUGGGGAGCAUGAA